AUGCAAGACCUCACUACCCACCUCUCACAUCCGCGCAUACUAUUCAUCACCUUCUUCUUCCUUUGUGGUACUCUUCUAUUCUGCCUCAGUUUCAGUACCAACAUACUCACACCUCAUCUGAACAAGAUCGGAGGUCACGACCAUCCACUUUCCGGUUUCAAUGAUCCACUUCCAUUGCCAUACGACUUCCAUUCAAACCGCGUUUCCAGGGACUCAACACCGCAAGCGGAUCCAUUGGAGCUGACCUCGAUAUCACAAGGAGAAGACUUUGACCCCGGGCAAGUGGUGGCCUUACCCAGCCAAAAGACACCUCGUAAGGGGGCUUGGCUGAUCGGUGUCUCCGUGAGCACCGAAGACGUGGGCCGGCGCAUGCUCAUCCGAAAUACAUGGCAGACCUGGACCAAAGACCACGAGGAUAUCGAGACAGUCUUCGUACUCGCUCGACCAGCAAAUCAAUGGCAAAAGAUCAUCGAAAGGGAGAAUGAGGUGUACAACGAUCUAGUCAUUCUGGAAGACCUUGAAGAUGAUAGGCACAAUGCAAACACUCGCAAAUCGUGUGAUUGGCUUGCUCAUGUGGUCGACCAGGCCACUGCUUCUGGAUCGCACCCGAAAUACGUGAGCAAGGUCGACACAGACGCCUUCCCGAAUAUCGAUCGCAUGUAUGAAGAGAUCAUGUUCCAGCGAUUGCUUGAUGAUGAUGCGCCUGCUGGGGGCGAAUACACUUCUUCGGAUCGCACGUACCUUGGCUACAAGAUCAAGUGGGAGAACGAUCCGCAUCCGUACGCGCAAGGCUCAUUCUACACCCUUUCUUGGCCACUGGUCGAAGCCAUCGCGACGGCACACAAAGAGCGAACAAUCUUCGGACAGCACGAAGACAUCUUAAUCGGGCGGUAUCUAUUCGAAGAGAGGAUUACGUACACGUUCCUCGACUGGACGCAGAACCGGCACCAUGAUCUGACCGCUGAGAAAGAUAUGACGGAUGAAGACAUUAGAAGUGGCAAGAUGCUUGUGGGGCACAUGUUGAAGGCGGAUGAUGAGUUCCUGGCUGCUGCGAACAUGUUUGCAAGGGUCAAGGAGGAAAUGAAAGCAGAGUCCGAGAGCAAUGCAAAGAAAGGCUCAACGACAGAGCAAAAUCAGGAGGAGGAUUACACUGAGCUUUUUGCCACAUAUGAGACGGCGGUGGCAGAGGAAAGUCUUAUCAAGGGAAUUGAUCGAUAUACUGAUACGCAAGUCAAGGACGAUGCAGCUUGGAGGAAUGAUUUUAGCGAGUCUGUUGGUUGA